ACAUUGAAGCUCCAAUCUCUAAAGGACAUGCGAAUUCUCCGAAGUUAUGGCACUUGACUUAUGUCAGUCCUUCUCAUCUCUCGUAGAAGACGUUCGCUUUGUCUCUCAUGAGAAGGCUUGAACGUAUGUGUACCUAUCACUUGAGAAAAGUAUCCAGUCAUUCCUGGAACCAUGUCGCAAUAUACAACGUCUAAGAUGGAUAGGCCAGAGCCAGGCUUGAUCAAAUGGUCUCCAAACCCAGCUAACGACACAUUCCUCCAUGUUAAUUUACAGCAUCGAGUCGUACAACUCUAUGAGCCCACAGGCCUUGCCCAGGCUGGAGGCUUCGAGUUUCAAAAAUCGUCCAAAUAUGAUGAGAUCCCUCCGUUGACUACAUAUGAUUGGUCUCCUGCCCACCCUGGUCUCGUUGCCAUCGGGACUGCUACUGGAACCGUGGAUCUUAUAAACCUCCAUAGUGAUUCAAGUUCUCACUUAGAGCUCCCCAUAAGAAUCAGCCGCAACUGCCAGGCGGUAGCCUUUAAUACGGGAACCUUACUCGCCGUCGGGUUAGAGCGUGUACGGAAUGAUCAGUGCCUCAAAAUAUUCGACGUAAAUCGCCUUACUUCACUCGAGUCAGGUGCUACGUGGUCAUCUCUCGAGGGCUCGAUGAACCCAGUGAUCAGUCUUGAGGCUAGUAUCUCUAUCUCGAGCACCAAGUUCUUCGAAGACAGCCCCCAAGUGCUCAUCGCCGGCAUCAAAAAUCAGGGUAUCCGCAUUUAUGACCUCCGAGAUCCCCAAGGUGCCGUAAUCAACUAUCAGACCAAAUGUAAUAACAACUUGGCGGUUGAUUACGCGGAUCAAAAUUACUUUGCUUCAUCCUCCUUAGAUAAACCGGGCUUGGUGAUUUGGGAUCGGCGUGCUACCUCACGGCCAUCGUCUUCUCGCUUCUACCUUGAAGCCGUUGAUACAGACGAAUUGCCGUGGGGGGCGGCUCUUAAUCUUGACACAGCAAUCGAUGUGAAGGACGCCAAUUUCCAAGAUAGGGGAUCACUAAUACGGUCUUUACGCUUCUGCCGAGACCGUAGUGGCUUACUUGCUGUACUUUCCCGCACUGGCCAGCUCAGAGUCCUCGAUACCAGGAAGGAAACUAGUCCUUCUGAAGUCCACCCGAAAGAUAGCCCCGAGAUCCUUGAGGUCAGGAGAUCGUACGAACUAGAUAUGGGCUAUGCCAAAGAACGAAAGGAUGACAGGAUUGUGUCCUUUGACUGGCUAAAUCUUGAUUCGCCCGCCCUGACACCACGGGCAAUAGUCCUACGCGCCAAUGGAACUUUUGACAUUGUUGAGAAGCCAUCUUAUACGUCGGAACAUAUAUAUAAGAUGAUACCAUGGAAGGCGCCUCACCGUGGACUAGAAGGAGGUAGUAGCUAUCACUCCUUAGUGAAAUUCGAGGUAACACAGUACUCCAAGUUAAUGGGUUCGUUAAACGUCGACAAGGCUUUUGUGGAUAAACCGCUAUUUGGGAGCUGCAAGGAGCCUGUCAAUGCUGUCGUACAACAAGCUUUGAAAUCCCCCGUGCCCACAGGUAAUCCCAUUUACGACUACGAGGCGAGCACAGAGCAGCUGCCGGAACUAUUCACAGAUGCUUCAAAAAUAGCAGACAAGCUACGAGGUCUCCGACAAUACUCAAAGGAAGUUCUCCAGACCACGAAACAACUCAAAAGCAAAGAACGUCAGUCGUCUAAAGAAUUAGAUCAAUCUUUGGCAGACUUGUCAGUAAAUGAAGAUAACGAGCUACCAUCGAAUCGACAGUUGCACGAGAGAUUACUCAUGUCGACCCUAAAUACGAGGGGGUUUCCUGAAGAAGCCCAAGUCGUCCUUGACCAUAUCAUGCUCCUUCGUUCCAAGGAAAAAUACUUGUUCGACUACGCUGCGAAUAGAGAUUUGGUUGCUGAUGAUCCUUGGCUACGGGAGUUAUGGGAUUGGAUUGCUGGGGCUGACGAUGCCGCUUCUGAUAUGGGAAUGGUAGAAGAAGGUAUCGACCUAAGCUAUAUGGGAGUUUACAGCAUAUGGAUGGGCGACCUCGGGGUUAAUAACAGGGCCAGAAUAGCUGACGGUACAGGGUUCCCAGACGCUACGAGAUGGGAUCAUUGUAUUCAGAACUUAAACAAGAGGUCGGCAAAUCCAGCGUAUGAUGGCGUGGAGUCUAGAAAAUCACAUUAUCGACAGGCUGCGCUAUGGAUCUGUCAAUGGGGUAGAUCACCUGAUACCAACUUCAGCGAUUACGCAAAAUUGCUUCCCUCUGAGCGGAACUGUUCGUGGUACACCAUGACAACUGCCUACGCUCUCUUCGAGGGCGACUUCGACAAGGCUGUACAGAUUCUCAAGGGGGCGAGCACGGAAUACCCAGAACUUUUGUUCGUGUCUUUAGCAUUGCAGCUUAAAAGCAAAGGUAACCAAGGUCUCGGCCAGGAACUCGACUUCGAUGAUGCUGUGGCCUCGAAAACCGACCCAUACCUUCGCGCGAUAUCAUCACUAAUAGCAACAAACAACUGGGAGGUCAUUGCAAACCAAGAAUCCCUACCACUUCGCGAGCGUACAUAUGUAGCACUUCGAUACUUCGAUGACAUUAAACUAACACAAUGGCUCGAGAAAGAGGUGACGAAGGCAAUCGAGACGGGAGACAUUGAAGGAAUAGUUCUCACGGGCAUAACAGACAGGCUUGUCGAUAUUUUUGCCAAGUAUAUCGAGAAGUUUAAUGAUGUCCAGACGGCUACGCUUGUUCUGUCGAUAUGCGCACCCCGAUACAUUAACGACUAUAGAUGUCGUACGUGGCGCAAUGCAUACAGGGCCUAUCUACAACGACACAAAGCCUUCAUGCAACGGACCAAGUUUGAGGUAGAAAGUACAAAGAAGAGUAAGCGAGGCGGCGUACCCACCAUCACACCACCAUCGAGGCAAAUCGCUCUGCGUUGCGUAUACUGCGACGCCGAGUACGAGCUUUCCAGGACCGGGGGAGCAGGCCCGUCGUCAGGCGCCAAGGGGCACCAGAUGAACCCUCUGACCGCGACCAACAUCAACGCCGGCGUCAGCUGCCCCAACUGCGGCCGCCACCUCCCCCGCUGCGUCGUCUGUCUUGAAGUCGUCGGCAUCCCCCGCUCCGACAAGCCCGAGGCCUCACCCGACCCCCAGAUCCGCAUCGCUGCCCGCUUCCCAACCUUCUGCCUCAAGUGCGAACACGUCCUCCAUCUCGAUCACGCUCGCCAGUGGUUUGCGAGACAUGUCGAAUGUCCUGUCCCCGAGUGUCGCUGUCGCUGCAAUUUUAGGGCGAAUCCGGAGUUGAAUUAUCAUUAGGGGUUAUGUCUAGGGACCUGCAUGUACUGGUGGGAUAUUAUUGGGUUAUCCCUUGCUUUAGUUCGAGGGGUUGCUUUAUUCGAGACCACCUACCUAGAUGCCCGAUACCUACUUACAUAGAUUAGAGGAUGAUAGGAAUGGGGGCUAUAGGUAGUCAUGCCUAUAACAUCUUUGACUUCGAGGAUUAGGAGUAAGCUAGGUUAGCCCUAUGUUAGUUAUCUGUUUGUCUGUUGGUUCCAGUGUUAUUUAGCUUAGCUUGCUGCUUGCUUGCUUGCUUGAUACCAAUAGAAUAUAGGUAACUACUA